AAGGUAAUUGAAACCAACCUUAAGCUCUUUUUAUCUCCGCUCUAAAGUUUACCUCCGAGGUCAAUUAGCUCGUAUACAGAAAUGGCAUCUGCCUUUGCCACUAAGUUUUCCAGUAGAAGGUUGAUUAGGAAAACUACUUCUGGGCUAAUGAGAGUUAAACAAAGGGAUGGAGAAUCUCUCAAGAACUAUAUGAGCAGGUUCAAUGAUGCGGUAUUGGAGGUUAGUUCCUUUGAUCAAGCUGUGGGGAUUGCAGCUGUGAUCUCCGGUCUUAAGCAUGACAGGUUCAGAGACAGUUUGAUCAAACAUGCUGCCACCACCUUCAGUGAGGUGAACGAUAGGUCUCUGAAGUUUAUAACCGUUGAGGAGUAUGCCCUGGCGCAGAAUCCGACUCCGACUAAGAACCAGAACCCAAAGUGGAAAGAUGACAAUCCGAGCCGGAAAAGGAUGAGGAUGGCGCAGAACCGAGUAAAAAGGCUUAGAUUUGAAUUACCUGAAUUGCUAAGUAAGAACUCAAUAGGUCUCGAGCCUUGUGCAUUUGUGGGCCCCGCUCACGAGUGCACGGCGUCUGUUUCGCUCUCGGUUAGUUCCUUUGAUCAAGCUAUGGGGAUUGCAGUUGUGAUCUCCGGUCUUAAGCAUGAUAGGUUCAGAGACAAUUUGAUUAAACAUGCUGCCACCACCUUCAGUGAGGUGAACGAUAGGUCUCUGAAGUUUAUAACCGCUGAGGAGUAUGCCCUGGCGCAGAAUCCGACUCCCACUAAGAACCAGAACCCAAAGUGGAAAGAUGACAAUCCGAGCCGGAAAAGGAUGAGGAUGGCGCAGAACCGAGGUCUAGUGUUGACCUCCCCACCGAGAUUCGAAAGGCCGAACUCCACACCCCCGCAACAAUCUGCAGCUGAACAGCCGAGGUUUGUCAGAGAACAGAGGCCACAGCCUCAAGGAGUCCGCAAUCCCCCAAAUAGGCAAGGUGUGGGAUAUCAGCAAGCCCCACCUCCGCUCCCACCACCAGCUAGAAUCAUACAUAUGAUUACGGGAGGCCUUGAAGCAGGUGGACUGAGCUCUAAGCAGCGAAAGCUGUAUGUUAGAGAGGUUAAACAUCAAAACCGAGCUCAGAAGCGGAAGAUUGACGAUGCUGAGUGGAAGAAUCAACCCAUUACUUUCACAUCUGCUGACCUCGACACAGUUGUUACACCCCACAAUGAUCCUCUGGUCACUAUUGUCAUGAUCAAUAACUGUGAAGUACAGCGUGUCCUUGUUGACACUGGGAGUGCACCAGACAUCAUGUACUUCCACUGUUUCGAGAGUCUGGGACUAGAUCCAGCAUUGUUGCAGAAAUAUGAUGGUCCUAUCUAUGGUUUCAACAACCAACCUGUUCCGGUAGAAGGAGUUCUUACCCUCCAUGUGGCUUUUGGGAGUGGCCGGACUUAUGUAAGCCCUUCAGUCCGGUUCCUUAUCGUCAAGAUGGCGUCCUCUUUCAACAUUGUCAUUGGCCGACCUACAUUGAUUGAAAUCCGAGCUGUGGUUUCCCAAUCUCACCUCUGCAUGAAGUUCCCAACUCUUAUGGGAAUAGCAACACUGCGAGGAAACCAAGAGCAAGUUAUGGGUGUAGAGAUCGUCAAUAAUCGACCGGACGAUGAAGCUAGAGCUGCUCCAGUCGAAGAUGUUGAAGAAGUGCUCGUUGAUGACAGAGAUCCGAGCCGAAAGAUACAGAUUGGAACUAGAUUGAACCCAGAGGAAAAGGCAGAGUUAAUAGCUUUUCUCCGAGCCAAUAAUGAUGUAUUCGCAUGGACUUCGGUAGAUAUGCCAGGAAUUCCAAAUUCAGUAUGUCAACAUAAGCUCAGUACCAACCCAUUGAAGAAACCAGUGGCCCAGAAGCGGCGUCUCUUUGGGGGUGAGAGGCUUCAGGCUAUUAAAGAAAAGGUGGAGAAGCUCCUACAGGCUGGUUUUGUCAGGAAAGUUGAUUACUGUGAAUGGGUGGCUAACCCAGUCCUGGUGAAGAAGGUAAAUGGUAAAUGGCGAAUGUGCAUUGAUUAUACAAAUCUUAACCACGCCUGCCCCAAGGAUUGCUAUCUGAUGCCGAGCAUUAACAAAUUAGUUGAAGCAGCUUCAGGCAAUGAGAGGUUAAGCCUCUUGGAUGCAUAUUCUGGGUAUCACCAGGUGCCAAUGGCUCCCGAAGAUGAAGAGAAAACCUCGUUCUAUGCUGGCGAUGAAAUUUAUUGCUAUGUCAUGAUGCCAUUUGGCUUAAAGAACGCUGGUGCUACUUAUCAGAAAAUGGUGACCAUCGUCUUCCUAGCUCAAAUCGGCAAGAAUCUGGAGGUGUUUGUCGAUGACAUCGUAGUAAAGAGCUGGAAAGCAGAAGACCAUCUAGCCGAUCUCGAUGAAACCUUCAACAACCUCAGAAAGAACAAAAUGCGGUUGAAUCCAGCCAAAUAUAUACAGAGGUUGACUGGAGGAGUGGCAGCUCUUCAUCGAUUCAUAUCGAAGUCAGCAGAUAAGUGUCUGCCAUUCUUCAAGAUUAUGAGGUCGGCCGCCCAGAAGGAUGAAUCCGGAAAACAAAAGAAAUUUGAAUGGAGUCAGGAGUGCCAAACUGCAUUCGAUGAGCUGAAGUCUUAUCUUAGCUCGCCACCUCUAUUGACUAAGGCCAUCGAUGGGGAGAUUCUUUAUGUGUAUCUGGGGAUUUCAGAUGAAGCGAUUAGUUCAGUUCUGGUGAGAGAAGAAGCCAAGCAGCAAAAACCAAUCUAUUAUAUUAGCAGUGUACUGCAUGGGGCAGAGCUGAGGUAUCCUAUAGCGGAGAAAGCAGCACUAGCAGUUGUCACUUCGGCAAGGAAAUUGAGGCCAUAUUUCCAGUCACACCCAAUCAUCGUUCUCACAGAUCAACCUCUCCGUGAACAUGCCCUGAAGUUUAACUUUGAUGGGACAAAUAACAUGGCUGAGUAUGAAGCUCUACUACUUGGUUUGCAACUAGCAUUGGAGCUGAAAAUCAAUGCAAUUCAAGUAUACAGUGAUUCCCAGCUGCUGAAGUGCAAAUUCCAGAAAUUCUGUUUGAGCAAAAUCCCCCGAGCUGAGAAUGAACAAGCAGAUUCACUCUCCAAGUUUGCCUCUGAUAGCUCUUUAAGUUCCAAAUCCAUUUUUGUAGAGAUCUUAGACGAACCAAGCUUCAUGAAGCCUCGGGUGAUGGAGAUUAGCACAAACCCAGACACGCCGAGCUGGACUGAUUCAAUCGUCUCCUUUUUGCGAGAUGGGAUAGUACCUGAAGAUAGGCAGGAGGCAAUGAAGUUGAGAAAGAAAGCAUCUCGGUAUACCCUCGUUGAUGGGGUCCUGUAUAAGAGAUCUUUCUCACUUCCUCUUCUACGGUGUUUAAACCCCUAUGAAGCUGAAUAUGCACUUCGAGAGGUGCAUGAAGGUGUCUGUGGGAGCCAUGUCGGUGCUAGGACUUUGGCUCACAAAGUCUUAAGGCAAGGAUAUUACUGGCCAAACAUGUAUAAAGAUGCCACUUACUUUGUUCAGAAAUGCCCAAAAUGUCAAUUCUUCAGACAUCUGACUCACCAACCGGCAGAAGAACUCAUGAACAUGGUAGCACCGUGGCCAUUUGCUCAGUGGGGAUUGGAUCUUUUAGGCCCAUUCGUGAAAGGGGUUGGUGGUGUAACCCAUUUCGUUGUUGGUGUGGAUUAUUUUACAAAAUGGGUUGAAGCUUGGCCUUUAUCUAGUCUUACCUCUAAGAAGGUCGAAGAUUUUGUUUUCAGCUCGAUCAUCUGCAGAUAUGGGAUCCCGAAUCAGAUUGUGGCUGAUAAUGGAACUCAAUUCAAUUGCUCCUCAUUCCGAGAUUUCUGUUCCAGUUAUGGGAUUAAGUUACAGUUCACCUCUGUUUACCAUCCGGAGUCCAAUGGCAUGGUUGAAUCUGUUAACAAAUGCAUUUUAGAAGGUAUAAAGCCGAGAUUGGAACAGCAUAAGGCUAAGUGGGUAGACGAGCUCAACAACGUCCUCUGGGCAUACAGAACCACAAGCCGAACUGCCACAGGUGAAACACCCUACCACUUGGCCUUUGGUACCGAAGCAGUCAUUCCUGUUGAAAUAGGAGUCCCAAGCUUCCGGGUCACCCAUUUCGAUGAAGGGCGAAAUGGACAACUGCUUCGGGAAAACCUUGAUCUGCUUGCCGAAGUCAGAGAAGAAGCUCGGCUUCGAACUCUUGUAUACAAGCAGAAGCUAGCCAACUUCUACAAUAAACAGGUCCGCCCUCGAACUUUCAAAGUAGGAGACCUUGUUCUCAGAAAAGCUGGCCUAACGGGGUUUGAAACUCGUUUCGGCAAACUUGCCCCAAAUUGGGAAGGCCCUUAUGCUGUGGCCGAAGUGCCACAUCCUGGUGCCUAUAUUCUCGAAGACGCUGAAGGAAAGAGAGUUCCUAGAGUCUGGAAUGUCAAUAACUUGAAGAAAUUUUACCCCUAAUAAAAUUCUUUCAAGUGUUCUAGGUCUUACUGUUCUAGGUCUUACUGUUCUUUACACUUCUCACUUCGUGUUUGUUGAGAUUCAUUUUACUUCUUAUUCUAUGUACCCGAGGUCAAUUAGUUCUUUCAUUUCUUGAACCUCACCUCUGAUUAAUAAAUGUCACUUCACAUA